CGCAGUCUUCCGCCUCCGUGAUUUCCGGGUGCUCCUCCGUCUUCGGUCCGGCUGGACGCUAGCGGCAUUGGGUUCCUAUUUCUUGCAUCUGACGGUGCACACGACUGCCUUUUCCCAGAGCCCAGCGGGAGGGACAUGAGUGUCCCCGGGCCACCGCCCCCGGACGGGGACCUGACAGGGCCACCCGUCAGCCUGGAGGCCGGCGAGCCCUCGCUGGGUUUAGGUGACACUUCUCCAGAUGAAGGGCUGAUAGAGGACUUGACUGUAGAAGACAAAGCUGUGGAGCAGCUGGCAGAAGGACUGCUCUCCCACUACCUGCCAGAUCUUAAGAGAUCAAAACAAGCCCUCCAGGAACUCACACAGAACCAAGUUGUAUUAUUAGAUACACUGGAACAAGAGAUUUCAAAAUUUAAAGAAUGCCAUUCCAUGUUGGAUAUUAAUGCUUUGUUCACUGAAGCAAAACACUAUCAUGCCAAGUUGGUGAAUAUAAGAAAAGAGAUGCUAAUGCUUCACGAAAAGACAUCAAAAUUAAAAAAAAGAGCACUUAAACUGCAGCAGAAGAGGCAAAAAGAAGAGUUGGAAAGGGAGCAGCAGCGAGAGAAGGAAUUUGAAAGAGAAAAGCAGUUAACAGCCAAACCGGCUAAAAGGACGUGAAAAGUUGUGUUCGUGUGUGUUUUCUUCCCCUAUCCCAUCUUCUUUGGGUUUAAGACUACUUAAGUGUAGGGUGAGGUUCAGGUAGUGCCUUAUACCAUUUUGUAUGUUUUGAAAUCCUAAUUCUGUGAUUUCUAUGCUCCAUAUCUUCAUUUUUUCCAUUCAAGAACCUUUCUUUCUAAGUAGUAGACAGAGUGUCACUUGCUUUGUAAAUGCACUUUUUCAACUUUGGCUUUAACAUUUAUUAUUUGGCCUUGAAUAAUUUGUAAACUGGAAAAUGCUUUGAUUGUUUUAAUAGUCUAGAUUCCAGGUAGUUCAAAAUUAAUAUGAGUGUUUCAGCUUCUUGAGUGUAGAUUUUAAAAGAUUCAGUUUCUUUUAUGAUAUGACCUGCCUUUUCCACAGUGCAACACAAAUUUUUGGUAAUUGCCUUUUUAAUGCUUAGUUAAGAAGGAAUGCCAAUUAUUUAAUCACACGUGCUCUUGGAAAAGAGAAAGGAUAAGCCUUUGUGAAGAACCUAAUGGAAAAAUGUAUAUGCAGGAAAUAACAGCACCUUAGACAUAGGCUGUGUGAGUGGAUGCCAGAUGAAUUCUUCUAACCAUAUAUUCUCUGUAGAUUUUGUUUGUGUUCAAAGUAGGUUGCAUCCAUUCCUGAAGUUUGGCAGGGAUAGUAGAACUGUCACUCAAAUGUGCUUGUUUAUAAUUAGUAACAAUCAUCACACACCAAGAUUUAGUUUCUGUGCUUUUAAAAACCUCUUUAAGUAGAAUGAAAUGUUACAACUAUCCACUUUAUAGAUAAUGAUGUGAUUGGUGGAAAACUAGUUAAUAGCUUCACAAAAGAGGCAGCAUGAUACCUUUAGUGUUUUCUAGAAUUUUUUCCUGAUACCAUAUGUAGGAACUUAUUAUGUGAGGGAAAUAAUACGAAGUUUCAUCAUUUCAAAUCAAGAAUAUGUUAUUCUCUUAUCUUAGUAUUAUUUAAUAUCCAGCUGGUCUCUAAUUUCCAUUAUAUAUGGACUGCAUAGAACCUGUAAAAGUAUAUAAUUUGAAUGUGCUUCUUAUAAUCCACGUUACAGUUUGGUUAGCUGGAAUCACUACCUCUGAUCACCUAUCAGGCUAAUGAUAGAGAAAGUAUUAAAGUUGAAUGCUAAGAAUAGUCUGUUUAAGGGUUUAAAUAAUUUGUUUGAAAACCCUUUUCCUCCUUUAAUGCAUGAAUUAUGGUCUCACAAUUCACUUGACUUUGACAUGUGUUUUAUAAUAUUGACUUAUUUUAUUUGAAAAAGCUAAGAGUUACCCUCUGUCACUUGCUAAAACUUCCUCCGGCAGGAUUCAUGAGGACUUGCAGGACAAUGUCACCUAAACUGCUGAGUGUGCUUACCUGUAAUAUGAUGCCCGACACAGAAGUGCAUUGGUUCUCAGAGACUGAGGACCAACCGCCUUGUUUACAAUGCUGGUUCCUGGACACCACUUCUCAGUCUAUUGAAGUAAAUCUAUUUUUGUUUGUUUUGCUUUAUUUUAAUUUUUAAAGUUUCCUUUGUGGCUACAAUGCAUCUUAUAAAGAUGAGAAUCACAGGUCUAGUUGCCAAGGGCAAGGUUUCCCACACUAUGCUGCAUGUAAUUUUCACUUGGGAACUUUAGAAAAGCACAGACAUUCUGAAUUCUUACUCAUUAGUUAUGAUGUGGAGUCCAUAUAUUUUUUUACAAUGCUCCCCAGAUAAUUCUGAUGCAAGGAAAUAGUGGUGUAGACUAUCUAGUGAUUUAUAUUUGUAAGCAGUGAAAUAGUUUAAAAGCACCCAGUAACUUUUGCUGAUAAGAAAUAAAUUCUAAAUUGCUGCUUUUGAUAUACAGUCAGAUUUAAGACUAAACCCUAGCAGGCAGGAAAUACAGAAUUCUUGACCUGUAUUAAAAUGAAUCAUGUUUAUUGAAUGAAUAGCAAGGCACAUACACUUUUAGUAUUAUGUUGCUUAAGUUUUAAAUACUUGUACAAAUGUCAAAGCAAGUAUAUAUUAGCAUUCUCUAUUUAAGGUCACUGGUAAAUCCUAAAUACUCUUUGUAAUUAAAAUCUAAAACUUAGUUGUAUUUCAGUAACAUUGAAACAUAUUAACUAAUUGUGAAACCUUUACGGUUAGUCUUGCUAUAUUUUCACAAAGUAGAGAAUUGGUUUGAAAAAAUUGCCUUUGCUUUGAAACUAUGAAAUAUGUGCUGAACUGAAAUGGUGGUUCAUUUUGUUUACUUUGCAGUAAGUAUCAUGUAAACAUGCAGAAGUUGAAUGUGAUAUAGAUUGUGUCCACAGUAAUUUUUUGAGUGGGUGCAGUUUAUAAAUAUACCAAUUAUAUACCCUAAUACCUUUGUCUGAUUUUGGUCUUGUAAAAUGAGGGCUACUUUUUAUGCAUUUAAUAAAAA